AUGAACGACGAUCCGAAAGAUAAGAAUACUUCUAUACACGUCCCAAGACCGUCUUCGCCUCGUAAAUUCUUCGCUCGCAUAUACGGACACUUAGAGCCGUCCCAGGAAAACAAAACUAGACAACCAGCCCAUGAAUCUGAGAGCGAAUCAUCUUCAGAUAUUGAAGUUGAGGACAGUGCCAGCGAACAGCUAUCUCCUCUUUGGCAGCCGCCUUCUCAAUAUCCUCUAUGCCCGCGACCGAUACUUCUGCCGCAUCAGCAAUUAGCUUUCGGGGCAGGUCUUGCGGCUUUUCUGGCUCGGAGACGACGAAAGGAAAAUAGACCACGCAGACAGAGAACUACGUUUUCUGCUCAUCAGACUUUAAGACUCGAGCUAGAAUACGCCAGGGGUGAAUACGUGGCGAGAGCACGAAGAUGUGAGCUUGCGUCAGCGUUAACCCUAAGCGAAACUCAAGUAAAAAUAUGGUUUCAAAACCGAAGAGCCAAAGAUAAGAGGAUUGAAAAAGCUCAUUUAGAUCAGCAAUACAGGCAACUCGCAGCAGCGUCAGGUUUUUUCCCGCCAAUAUUCAACGCUCCGUACGCACCGCCAUGUCCCUGUCUACCGACGCCUCCGAACAUUGAAAAAUAA